AUGAGGAACCCUGGACCCUGCAUCCUCCCCCUCCUCUUGUGGGUGGCCAUAGACCUGACCCAGUAUUGUGCAGGCUCACACUGGCUGCAGACUUUCAACAUUGUGAUUACGGAACCUGGCAUGUCGGAACCCCAGUUCAUCCAGGUCGGCUAUGUAGACUCCAUACAGUUUCAGGGAUUCGACAGCAAAGCAGUGUCGGCAAGGAUGCAACCUCGGGCUGCUUGGAUGGAGCAGGAGCCACCUGAAUAUUGGGAGAAGCAGACAGCACAAAUCUUGAGCUUGUCACGGACAGGAGAAAGAGUGCUUAAAUUCAUAGUAACAGAAAAUGGACUCAGGAAGAAAGAUUAUCACACCCUGCAGGAAGUGUUUGGCUGCAAUGUGGCGAAUGAUGGGAGCUUCCUUGGCGGUCAAUACCGGCUCGCAUACCAUGGCUAUGAUUACAUCAUCCUGAAUGAGGACCUGAACUCUUGGACUGCAAAGGGCAAGGCAGCUGAAAAACUUAAGACAGACUGGGAGAAUGGAGACCUGGCAGAAAGCUGGAGGACUUACCUGCUAGGGGAGUGCGUAGAAAGGCUUUUUAGAUGCCUGGACCUUGGAAGGAAGACUUUGCUGCACUCUGAUGCCCCCAAAACACAUGUGACCCACCAAGUAAGACCUGAAGGGAAUGUCACCCUGAGGUGCUGGGCCCUAGGCUUCUAUCCAGCUGACAUUACCCUGACCUGGCAGAGGGAUGGGAACAACCACACCGAGGACAUGGAGCUGCCAGACACCAGGCCGGCAGGGGAUGGAACCUUCCAGAAGUGGGCAGCUGUGGUGGUGCCUUCUGGAGAAGAACUGAGAUACACGUGUCAUGUGCACCAUGUAGGGUUACCUGAGCCUCUCACUCUGAAAUGGGAACCUCCACAAACCAUCCCCAUCAUGGGAAUUCUCAUCGGCCUGGUUCUUGGAACUUUGUUGGUGGGAACUGUGGUGAUUUUUCUGGUGUGGAAGAAAUAA